GGUUUUAGCUGCGUUGUAGUUCAGAUAGCCCCCUUGAACUCUUGCUCUGGCGAUACUACAGAUGACCAAGAAACAUGACGGUCUCUUAUUUUAUCAAAACUUAUGUUAAAGGGCAUUUAAACUUUAGCCUUCUGAAAAAAUGAAAACGCUAAAGACUGAUGACUCUCUCGGUAGCAAAGAUAUCGACAAGAGAUUGGCCGUUUAUUUGUCGAACAGUGGUAUGACAGAGGGACAAAUUAAAAGUGUACUUUUGAAACCAGAGUCCGUAAGAAAAGAAAUGUUUUCAACUUUUAUAAAGAGAGAGGAUUUGGAGAAAAAAUCAGAGGGCUCGGUCGGGAUAUUAUGCCAAAGAGCUAUGUCCACCAAGGACGAAGUGGACGCUCUGGAUGCCAUAAAAGCGUUACGAGUUGGUUUGAAAAACGAACCCAUAAGCUGGAUGAAAGAAUUUGAAAAAGAGAAGGGUCUUGAUAAACUUUUGAUAGUUCUUCAGGGUUACAUUACUAGACCAAAGCGUGAAAGAGGAGAACUCAGAAGUUCCAUUUUGUUGGAGAUUCUUCGUGCAAUAACUCAAUACAUGAACUACAAGGACGGCAUGCACUCUGUAAGAACGAAUCCAAAGUGUUUAGCUCUUUUGGUCCGUUUGCUUUAUGAGAAGAACUACAAGAUUGUCCUCCAUGUCUUGAUUACUCUUGCUGUGGUCUGCGUAUCGCUUGAGGAUGGGAGACUGCUGGUCAUCGAGUCAUUCAACGCCCUGCUUAAGACGGUGCAGGCGAAACAUCGCUUCGAAAGACUCAUUAAGCUUCUUAUGAAGAGAAGACCGGAAUGCGGUGAGUACAAAGAAAUGCUCAUGUCCUUAAUUAACGGCAUCGUCAACACCCGCCACGAGUUACACGGCUUGGAAGCUCGCAUCGCUCUCCGCAACGAGUUUUAUGCGCUCGGCCUCGGAAACGCCUUUAAGGUCCUCAAGGCUGUUCCCCCGAGCGAGGGGCUUCUUGUGCAAGUCGAUAUUUUUCUGAACUCGGCUCGCGACGAUCACGAACUCGUUCUGGAAAAGCUUCAAUCCAUCAAGCAGAGCUUCACCAACAUUGACGAAGUUUAUGCACUGCUUGCUGCAAACAUGGCGCCUGGCGUUUAUGAAGAGCUGGCCUUCUUGCAAAUUCUGCAGUCAGUUUUAUUCUGCCCCUCCGAUCCAACUAAGAGAAAAUAUUUUUUUAUGUGCAUUGAAGCCUUCACCGCUGAAAUAAUCGUCCAACCGCUAACCAUUGACCCGGAUUUUUUGAAUUUUCGAAUUGAACGGAAUGCGAAUAAGACGUGUAGCAAAGAGGAUCAGAACUUCAUCAACACCAAAAUUACUUCGAUCGAACAAGCCAUCGAGAUUCAUCAGAACUCGCUUUCCUCUCUUCAAGUCGACCUAAAAAAGCGUUUCGACGCUGCAAGCGAGGCGUGCCGCGAUGCAGCCGUGGAGCUCAGCGUUUUGAAAACUGACAAGGAACGAAUGGAGGCUGAGAUCGCCAGAAACUCCGCGGACACCGGAGAGCAAAUAAAGGCAAACACUGCUCAGUAUGAAAGUGCGUGCGAACAGGCAAAGUUGCUUAACCAGGCGAUUACAGGAGAUAAGGAAGCAUUAAAAAAACUCUCUGAAGUAGCUGGUGUGUGCACAACACCGGAAGUGCCCUUGCCGGCGCCGCCGCCUUCUGUUAUACCACCACCUCCGCCCCCGCCCCCGCCCCCAGUUUCCGGAGCAGCCUUACCUCCGCCUCCUCCUCCUCCUCCACCAGUCGCCGGGGCCCCACCGCCGCCGCCUCCUCCCGGCAUGACCGCUCCCCAAAGCCGUACAAAGCCUAAAAAAAAUUGGAAAACCUCUCAACCUAUGAAACGUUUGGCUUGGACUAAAAUCCAGCCCACCAAAAUUGAAGGUACAUUUUGGGAAAAGGCCAACGAAGAGCCGUAUGCGCAGAAUAUUGAUCUGGACAAGUUUGAGUCCCUAUUUUCAGCAAAGAAGCCUGUUUCUUCCGAGGAGAAGAAACUCCCCGCGAAAAAAAUAGAGCAAACUGUGCUGGAUCCAAGGAAGCAGCAGAACUUGUCAAUUCUCCUCGGGCGUCUGAAGCUCUCCGUUGACGAGAUGCGCGCCAUGUUCCUGGAAAUGCACUCCUUUCCGCUGGAAGAAGCCGUCCUGGUGAACCUUCAAAAGACGGCACCCACCUCGGAAGAGCUGGCAGCGUUGGAAGACCCGCCCUGUGCCCGCGACGAACUGAGCAAGGCGGACAUCUUCACGCAUACGAUUUACACGACAAUUCCCCGUUUUACACAACGACUGGAAGUGCUUCUGUUCACUUCCAAGUUUGACGAGAAGAUCAGAGACGCACAGAAGGGUCUCGAAAGCAUCUUUCUGGCGUCCGUGGAGCUCAAGUCCAGUGAAAAGUUGACUAAAGUUUUAGAGAUUAUUUUAUUGGUGGGGAACUACAUGAACGGCAAACCUUCGUUUGGCUUUAAAGUUGAUGUGCUCCAAAAGCUAACUAAUACUAAAGGAACUAAGAACCCAAACGUUACCCUUUUGCAUUAUAUCGUGCAACAAUUAAAAGAAAAGCAGCCCGACCUUUUAAACUUAAGUAGUGAACUUCCCCAUCUGGCGGAAGCGAGUCGUGUUUCUACUCCGCAACUUCAAACAGAGAAAGCGCAGCUCGAAAAGGGAGUUCGUUUUAUUGAAAGCGAAGUUGCACAGCAUAGAAACCCUCCUGCUGGGGACAACUUUGUGCAGUUUGCUCAAAAGUUCCUUAACGACGCUCAAGUGCGAUUGGUCAAACUAAGGACGACCGAAGAGCGAAUGACAAAGGCGUAUGACGAUUUAAUACAGUUUUUUGUGGAAGACUCCAAAAAAAAACCAGAGGACUUGCUUUCGCUUUUUGCUUCCUUUAUAGACUCUUUUGCUAAAUGUAUAAAAGACGUGGAGCUACUCGAAGAGCAGAAGGAAAAAGAACUAAAAAUGGCGGAGAAAAAGGAGGAGCGGAAGCUUAAGGAAGCUCAGCGCAGAAAAGAAAGGAGUUAUAAUCCGUCAGCACUGAAGCCUUCCGGACCGAGCGAGAUGAUGAUGGAUGAUCUCAUUGGGCAGUUGAAGUCGGGCGUGCUGUUCCGCAGGGCUAAGGACGAGGAAAAUAAACCAGCACGCCAACGGAAAGCUAAGGAAGAGGGUUAAGUCUACCACUCAAUAAAACUUCAUUGUAG